AUGGUACUUCUAUAUCUGAAUCAUCCGACUUGUCGAAUGCUUUCAAUGAUCAUUUCUCAUAUAGGACCUAAACUUGCUAAUGACAUCCCAUUAUCUAAUAACGAUGACCACUGUCAUCGGGAAUAUGUCAAAGGCAUUAACAAUAGAUUCGAAUUCCACCCUGCUGAUAGUGGACAGGUUUUAAAGCUACUGAAUAAACUCAAUAAGUCUAGAGGGGCUGGUCUCAAUAAGCUAUCAAGUCGGCUUAUUCGUGAAUGUGCUGACCUUAUUUCGCCAUAUCUCAAUUAUUUUAAAUUGCUGUUUAACUACCGACACAUUCCCUGAUGACUGGAAAGAGGCCAAAGUUCCACCGAAAUUCAAGCAGGACAAUAGAAGUGAUAUGAACAAUUAUCGCCCAAUUUCUGUGAUCUCAGCAAUAGCAAAAGUUUUCGAGAGAGUAGUUGAUAAUCAGCUUUCUUCCUAUUUAACCGAAAAUAAUAUUUUGUCAAAAUAUCAGUCUGGUUUUCGAUCCUUUCACUCAACUGUAACCGCUUUGCUCAAAGCCACUGAUAAUUGGGCCUUUAACAAAGAUCAUGGCUAUGUUAACGCUGUUGUCUCUUUAGAUCUAAAAAAGGCAUUUGACACAGUCAAUCACUCUAUUCUACUAUCCAAACUAUAUUCAUAUGGAAUCAAAGAAAUUGCCUAGGAAUUGCUUUCUUCUUACUUAGAAAAUCGUACGCAAAAAUGUGCUGUCAAUGGGGUCCUUUCUAAAAGCUGCACUUUAACUUGCGGGAUUCCCCAGGUGACAAUACUGGGGCUUUUGCUGUUUCUCUUAUACAUUAAUGACUUACCUAAUUUAUUGUUUAUCAAAUGUAUGCGGAUGAUACUCACCUUACAUAUGCUGACAAUGACAUCUGCUCCCUUGAGGCUUCUUUAAAUCAGGACUUGUUAAAUAUAAGCAAUUGGCUCAUUGCCAAUAAAUUGACUCUCAAUAGGACAAAAACUGAAUUUAUGUUAAUCGGAUCAAGACAAAAAUUGAAUAGUCUAUCCGUUAUCCCAGACUUAGAAAUUAAUGGUACACAGUUAAACAGAGUCAAUUUUACCAAGUCUCUUUAUGUAUUAAUUGGUGAAAAUCUAACAUGGAGUAAUCAUAUCAAUGCUAUAUCCAAAAAAAUCUCUUCUGGUAUUGGAUCUAUGAAACGAAAAGUCACUGUGUUCCUCCUGCAACUCUACAUAAUAUCUAUCAUGGGUUAGUUCAAUCACACUUUGACUACUGUAACGUUGUUUGGGGUAACUGUGCCAAAACAUUAUCUGACAAAUUACGGAGACUUCAAAAUCGUGCUGUCCGCGUCCUUACCAAUUCUAGUUAUGUUGCUGAUGUCAACCAACUAUUUAAAGAAUUAGGCUGGGACAAUUUAGAAACUCGACGUCAAAAACUAAAGGCUGAGAUGGUCUAUAAGUCCUUAAACGGCCUCGCACCGAAUUACUUGUGCUUGAAAUUCAUUCAGUAGAGUGAUGUGAUUACUUCUUACAAUUUGUGCGAUUCUGAUAAUAAGCUUGCAAUACCAUUGCCACGUACUGACCAUUACAAAAAUAGCUUUGCCUAUAGUGGAGCAGUCCUCUGGAACAGUCUACCCUCAGCUGCUAGGCAAGCAACAUCUCUGACUAAUUUCCAACAAUUCUUAAUUAAUUCCGACACGGCAUUCAUGUAA